ACACAUCGCGUCAUGGUCCAAUGAAAAUAUCCUCAGAGAUCGUGUAAAUAUAGUGCUCGAAACAGAGGAUCCAUGUCACGGAUGAGGGUUUAAUUAUCGAUUUUUAAAGCACAAAAAAGCCCCGUCUUCCUCUUCCUCUUUUCCACUCACUCCCAUUUUUCCAAGUCCAACCAUGGAAGCAACGCGAUUCUCCCCUAAUCACUUUUAUCCACACCGCUUCCAAACGAAACCCAACGCACUCAGAGAAAGAAGAUACGUAAAAUGUAUCAACGGAAUUGGAGCUAGGGUUUCCCUUUUCACAAAUCCUGCAUUCAACGCAUCGAACCGGUCUUUGUUUCCGAAGCUGAACCGGACUCUCUCCGUUAGCUUCUCCGACCGGCUCCGAGGUGAUUAUGCACGCGUUGAUGAGGAAGUUGUUCCGGCGACACGCGGCGAUGGGGGGGAAGCGGUUAUUUCGUCGUCGUCUCCGAGUGCUAACAGCUCGGGAACCCUGCAAUUGAAACCUUUGAUGUUCAGGAACAGGUUUCUGAACUUUGCGCGGUUGGGUUCUGUGAUUAACGGCGCCGCGGAAUCGUUUUUUAAGAGCGAGAUUCGGAGGAGGCUGUUCGUGACGGCCAUGUUGAUUGUGAUUAGUCGCGUCGGUUAUUUUAUUCCUCUUCCCGGGUUUGACAGAAGGUUGAUACCGGAAGACUACUUGAGCUUUGUCGCAGGAUCAUCCGUUGAUGAACUUGGUGACUUCACUGCUGAGCUCAAGCUAUCUAUUUUCCAGCUUGGAAUCAGUCCUCAGAUAAUAGCAUCCAUUAUUAUGCAGGUACUCUGUCAUGUUGUCCCUUCUUUAGUAAAGCUACGGAAAGAAGGUCUGGAUGGGCAUGAGAAAAUUAAGAGUUAUAUAUGGUGGAUGUCAUUUGGCUUUGCAAUUCUGGAAGCUUUAAUAGUUGCUUGCUACUCACUUCCAUAUUCAAUUUAUGCUGCCACUUAUAGGGUCAAGCAUGUAAUGGUGACAUCUAUUUUAUUGGUUUGUGGUGCAAUGACUAUUACAUGGAUAUGUGAUACCAUAUCAGAAUCUGGAUUUGGUCAAGGUUCGUCUCUAAUCAUAUGUGUGGGAAUACUUACGGGAUAUAUGGAGACAUUAUACAAAAUGCUUACUCAGCUUUCAGUGAGUGCUGUAAGUUGGUGGCCAUAUGUGCUUGCUGUAUUGGGUAUCUUUACCAUCGUUACUAUGUGGGCAGUUGUAGUAACUGAAGGUUGUAGGAAAGUAAAGCUGCAGUACUAUGGUUUUAAACUUGCUUCUGCUGCAAGAGAGCACUCACCUAUUACUGAAGUGGAGCCGUAUAUUCCUUUCAAUAUUAAUCCAGCAGGGAUGCAACCUGUUCUUACCACCUCUUACCUCUUGGCAUUUCCAAGCAUUCUUGCAAGUCUGCUGAGGUCACCUUUUUGGGAGCAUGCCAAGGAAAUGUUGAACCCUGAAACUUCUGUUGGUGCUGAGCCAUGGGUUUACUAUUCCAUAUAUGCUUUUUUUGUCUUCCUGUUCAAUAUAUUCGAUAUCGCUAACAUGCCAAAGGAAAUUGCUGACUAUUUAAAUAAGAUGGGUGCGAGAAUACCAAACAUAAAGCCUGGGAAGGCUACCAUAGAGUACCUCUCCAAGGUUCAGGCAUCCACACGAUUUUGGGGGGGGCUAUUGUUAAGUGUUCUGGCCACUACAUCAAGUGUUCUUGACCACUAUUUACGGCGUGUCAAUGCUGGAUUUGCUAUUGGUUUUACAUCAGUUCUAAUUAUUGUCGGUUCCAUUAUUGAACUCAGAAGAUCGUAUCAAGCAUAUAAUGUGAUGCCAAGCUUGAGCAAUGCUUUGAGACGAUAUGGUGUAUGACUACUGGGAAAAGUUAUGCUGUCACUACCCUGUGCCAAUUUAAUUUGAACCUCUGGGAUACCUUUGGUCAACGACUCAAUGUUUGUAUGUGGAAGCAUGGUUUUUCGGGGACAUAGAUUUACAGUCUAGUUUGUGGGUCUAAGAAUGUUGAGGAUAGCUAGUGUUGUGUUGCUAGUAAGGAGGUGGUAAACGCUGCCUGUCGAUACAUGAUAGUAGCUGAUUCAGAAACCUCAUCUUCUGGUUUCUACCUCGAAGAUAUUUGUUUUAUGGAUUUAGGAAAAUAUUUAUUUAGGUUAUAGUUGUAGCUGCAGCAGAAAUUUGUACAGGAAAUUCUCGUGUUACAGACGUGCUCUGUAAUAUAAAAACGAGGUUUUCGGAUAUAGGAGGUUAAAUGCCUUGAUAGGGAGUCGUUUUCCCAAAAAAAGUGGCCUAAAUGGUAGGCACUGAUACACUAACAAUGUUGUAACAAGAAGAGAUUCACCCUAAGCAUUUUAGAUUACAUUUCUAUACUACUUUUUUGCUUCUGGCACCCUUCAACAGUU